ACCCAGUAGAAUGAAGUUCUACAAGUUAAGUUUUAAAGUAAUCUUAAGGUUAUUUAUUUAUUUAUUCAUAUUGGUUCUAGAACAGAAUUAAAUCUAAAAUGUGUUUUGCAUUCAUUUGUGUAUAUACAUCCUAAUGUUGAUGUGUAAUAUAUGAGCGUCUAUCUCUGAGAAUAUGAUAAGAUAGCAAGUUUGAUCAACCUUCACUGAAAUACAUGGGGUUAACAAGUUUGGUAGGUGUUCCUACAUGAUUGGUUUAUAUGCGUGUAGUCCCGCCCUCUGGGGUGGAGUGUGAAAUGUGAUUGGCUGUUGGGAAGAGGGAGCGUAGAGAGGAGACACAGCCGGCAGUUUUUGGAAACUGAAGGGGAGACUCGCGUCGCGGCUGUUAUGAUUGCGUAACAUUCACGAAGUAUAAAAACAAGAGAUAGUAAUGUAUAUUGCGUGUGAACAACACGUUUUUGAUUACUUUGAGUUUGUUUUGUGUUUGUUUUAAGUUCGCGGUGUGUUUUCAUCAUAUACGUUUCCAGUGUCGGUUAUUAGUCAGUUCAGAGUGAGUGAGCAUUUUUUAAAUGCCUAGAUUGUCAACUGACAGUUACGGAGGACUAAAGCUGAACUGAGAGAGAGACGGUUAAACCGAAAAUAAGGAGGAGAAAAAAGAGACUGUUAGAUUAGUAUGAAACAAGGAUGAAAGAGUCAAAGAGGAGCAAAUAGCACCUCAAAUAGCCUGAAUACUACGUGAGAUUUGCCUCUCAUCAGCUGGGGAGAAAAAGUGAAAGUGAGGAUUUGAAAGACCCGCGGCAGAAGUUCGCCGAUCGAUCGCGGCUCGUUGGCCCGUUGUUCACAAGUGUUGUCAGUUUGGAGAACUGUCAUAUAUUGCUGUCAUCUGGAUCGCUGUCAUUUGGAUUGCUGUCAUCUGGAUCGCUGUCAACUGGUUUGCUGUCAUCUGGAUCAAGGUCAUCUUCAUCUGAGGUAUCUUGUUUAAUUUUAUUUGUGCUCAGGAGAGUGAAGAGGCCAUUUUCAUUUUCCCGGCCACAACGUACACUAGCAGCGAUACAGGCCUGCAACGGGGGUGUAUGAAUGUGUGAGUGUGUGGGCCCACAGAGUAUUGAGUUGUUUAUGGAGAUGCAGUGAGCAUAAAAUACUGCUGCGUGUUUUACAGUAUAGAUUUAUACUAAUAGUUUAUAUAGGUUUAAUUCAGUGUGUAAUUUAGUGACACAAUUGUAGCCACUUUCAAAGAGAAACAUAUUCAGUCACUCUUAGUCACUUGUUGAUUUAUAAGUUUAAUUGUUAGAGUGUAGAAAGGUGGUAUUUUUCUAUAUUGGUUUAAUUAAUAUUCUUCAUUGUACUGUAAAUUGCUGGGUUUGACUUUGGGUCAUUUUAUUGUCUUUUAGCUGUGCAUAAAUUCUAUAUUUUGUAUUUUGUUUUACAUCUGGGGUUUUUCCCAAUUUUUACAUUUCUAUUCUAAUUAAAUUAUUUAUAUUUUCUGAUUUAUCUAAGAGUUUUAUUAUUCACAGAGUUUAUUUCUGGUAAUUUAUUCAAACACAGCAAAUAUUUAUAUUCUCAUCUGCCUUAUUUACAUUACGUCAUUGAAAUAUAUCAGAGGAGCCUACUUCAACAUAUCUGUAGGCGUUUAGUGUAUUGAACCUGGAGCGCUAUCUUAAACUUAAUACACCUAGGUGGCGCUACAUAAAGUGGGGGCUCGUCCGGGAUCUCCCUCUGAUACAUCAAUGAUAAGUUCAUAAAGAAAGAAGAGACAAGUUAAAUUAUCUGAAUCCAAGCACCUACUGUCUUCUAUUCAAAAGUUCAUAAACUGUCGCUAUGGAUUUGAGAAAGGACCCCAGUCUUCAAGCAGAGUUAACAAAAUGGUGUGAAGCAGCCAGUAUUGAUUCUACUCAUGCUUUAAUCCUGCUAAAUGUACCUGUUUACACAGAAGUGGCAGAGAUUGAAGAUGUAAUGGAAACUGUCAAAGCUCUGGGAAGGGUUCGAGUGAGGGACACAAGAGAAGGACCUACUGCUCAGUCUAUGAUGGUUCUAUGUGAGUGCCGACAAGCCACUGACUCCACCCGUAUUCCUCCUGAAGUGACAAGGGGGGAAAAGAGUGAGCCCUGGUCAGUUAUCGUGAUUCAACCAAGUGAAAGUGACUCUAAUACAGAUGCUGAAGGAUUCUCUGAAAAGCUGACAAAGUUCUUGAUGGAGGAAGGGAAAACUUUUAGUGAUGUAAAAGCUUUAAUUACACCCCACAGUGCUGGUGAUAGUUCUCCUGAAUCAAUUAUACGUGCAAUGGGUGAAGUACUGGAAAAGACCAUAAAGCCAACAAGUGAUGGAAAUGCAUACCGACGACUUCGGACAUUUUCAGCCAUUGUUCCAACCCCAAUUGGAGAGGAAAACAUGGAUAACUGGAUAGAUCAAGCAAGGCUCAUGAUAACUGAGUGUGACUGUACUGAAAAAGAAAAACGACGCAGAAUCAUGGAAAGCCUUAAAGGACCAGCAAUGGAAAUAGUGAGAGCUGUUCGUUUCUCAAAUCCAGAAGCAGGUGCUUUAGAGUAUGUGGAAGCAUUAGAGAGUUCUUUUGGAUCUUCAGAGUCUGGUGAAGAUCUGUAUUUUAAGUUUCGACUUAUGCGUCAAAAUGCAGGGGAGGCAUUAUCAGAGUUUCUGAGGAGAAUGGACAAAGCUCUAAAAAAAGUGGUGGAAAGAAAUGGCCUGUCUUUCGGAAUGGCCGAUAAAGUGCGAGUAGAACAACUCAUUCGAGGGGCAGUGAAUUCUGAUCUCAUGUUGCUACAGUUGAGGCUUCGAGAACGUACAGCAUGCCCACCUUCUUUCCUGAGUCUGCUGAAGGAGAUACGUGAGGCAGAAGAGAGUGAAGCUUCUCGCCACAGAAUGUCAGCUAAAGCCAAAUCCAUACAGUAUUGUGAUGAAACCACAAGCACAUCUGUCAUUCAAGAACUCAAAGGAGAGAUUCAAGAGCUGCGUGCACACUUAUGUGGAGUCAUGCCCAAAACUGUUUCUACUUCUUCUUUGGUGGUUAAAUCCAGAGAGAAACCUAACCAGAUGGAAAAAACAGAAGAUGUAGAAUUUCAAGAGUUAAAGAAACAAGUUCAGUACUUACAACAACAGUUGGCAGUUAUGAGUGUCAGUCCUUCUCAGGGCUCACUAGAGGUUACAGAACAACGGCCAAAACCAUCACAGUCCACUUCAUCAUCAUUUAGCCGAAAGUCAACCAGAACAAAAGAUGAUUAUUUCUGUUACAAAUGUGGACAAGAUGGUCAUAUUGCGACAAAAUGUCAAGCCCCACAAAAUUCAGACCAAGUGAUCCAGAAGCUAAUUCGUUCUUUGCGGCAAGCUAAGAGUUUUAAGUCCGAGGCUAAUGAAAGCAGAAAAACCCAGAACCAAGUUUGUUUCUCUAAAAAGAGUCAGACAGACAUAAACAAAGCCAGCAGUAUUCCUAAAGGCCUAGUUGGACCAGCAUCCACAGUAGAAGUGACAAUUAAUGGACAUUUAUGUCAAGCCCUGUUAGACAGUGGAUCACAAGUGACAAUAGUGUUCGAGAGUUGGUACUCUAAGAAUUUAGAUUAUGUACCGAUUCACCCCUUGACUGGAUUAUCCAUAUGGGGCCUCAGUUCGUCCAGUUAUCCUUAUAAGGGAUAUAUAGUAGUGGAUGUCACUUUCCCGUUCUCAGUCAGUGGAGUAAAGGAGCCGCUGUCCAUCUUGGCUCUCGUAUGUCCUGAACCUCAAGGGCCCUCCCAGUUACCAGUCAUUAUUGGAACAAAUGCCAGUUUCUUCCAGCGCCUUGCUACUCUCAGUCAUGAUGUAAAAGCAUCCAGCACUGCACAAGCUUUGAGAAUUCAUACUAACCUUCCUGAAAUCCAUCUCAAUCAGCAGACAUGUAAAAAUACCUCAAUCGACCAGCCUGAGGGGAAAGUACGGUGGAUGGGACCUGAAAAGUGUGUAGUUCCAUCUAGAGGAGAAGUACUGGCUGUCUGUAAAAUAGAGACUGAAAAACCCUUGAGAAAAGAAAUUUUUGUGGUAGACUCACCUGAAGAGGACAAUCUUCCAGCUGGUACAUUCAUAACUCCAUUUGUGCUUCCCUUUUCCACCGUUCAAGAUAACAGUGUGCAAGUGUUAGUCCAUAAUGAAACCUCAAAGGACAUUUCAAUUCCAUCGGGUACAAUAAUGGCCAAUGUGUACCUUACUGACACACUUACUGUUGGUUCUGGGGAAAAAAGCUCUCAAGUAAUUGACCCAAGCCUGUUUAAAUUUGAAGAGUCAUCCAUUCCUGAGUUAUGGGAAAUGCGACUCCGUCAGAAGUUGGCAGUCAGAAGUGAUGUCUUUUCUACCAAUGAGUGGGAUGUGGGAUUAGCCCAAGGAGUUGAACAUAACAUUAGACUGACAGACACCAAACCUUUCAGAGAGCGCUCCAGACGCAUCGCUCCUGCAGACAUCGAGGAUGUGCGACGCCAUAUCAAAGAACUUUUAGAGGCUGGAAUAAUUACAGAAUCAAGAAGCCAGUAUGCAUCGCCCAUUGUAAUUGCAAGGAAAAAGAGUGGAGCAGUUAGGAUGUGCAUCGAUUACAGAACUCUAAAUGCUCGCACCAUCCCCGAUCAGUACACUACUCCCAGAAUUGAUGAUGCUCUGGACUGUUUGGCUGGCAGUAAGUGGUUCUCUGUGCUAGAUCUUCGCAGUGGAUAUUAUCAAAUAGCUAUGGCUGAGGAGGACAAAGAAAAGACAGCAUUUAUCUGUCCUUUAGGAUUUUUCCAGUUUGAACGUAUGCCUCAAGGGAUUACUGGAGCUCCAGCCACUUUUCAACGGCUAAUGGAAAAAGCUGUUGGUGACAUGCAUCUCCUUCAAGUAAUAGUCUAUCUGGAUGACAUCAUUGUGUUUGGGCGCACUCUUGAAGAACAUGAAGAGAGACUAUUAAAAGUUUUAGAUCGACUCAGAGAGUGUGGCCUCAAAGUUUCAAUUGAUAAAUGCCAGUUUUGUCAGUCCCAAGUACGUUAUGUGGGGCACAUUGUGUCAGCUGCUGGAGUAUCACCAGACCCAGCUAAAGUUGAGGCGGUAACCCGCUGGAAAAUGCCCACUGAUCUGAAAUCACUGAGAUCCUUUCUUGGUUUCUGUGGAUUUUACCGACGAUUCAUAAAAGACUACUCAGCCAUUGUAAGGCCAUUAACAGAACUCACUAAAGGGUACCCACCAACCUCUGGCCAAAACAAAAAGACCGCAGAUGUCAGGAAAUAUCACAAAACGUCUGAGCCUUUUGGAGAGCGUUGGGAUGAUAACUGUACAGCAGCAUUUCACAAGAUCAUUUAUUGUCUUACACAUGCCCCAGUACUUGCUUUCGCCGACCCUAACAAAUCCUAUGUUCUUCAUGUGGAUGCUAGCCUUAAUGGUCUGGGAGCUGUUUUGAAUCAAGAGCAUCCUGGUGGACUUAGGCCAGUAGCCUAUGCAAGCCGAAAGCUGAGUGCAUCUGAGCAGCGUUACCCCAUUCAUCAGCUUGAGUUCUUGGCGCUUAAAUGGGCAGUUGUGGACAAGUUCCAUGAUUAUCUUUAUGGUGCUCAGUUUGUGGUGAAAACAGACAACAAUCCACUUACCUAUGUGCUGUCCAGCGCCAAGUUGAGUGCAACAGGUCACCGAUGGUUAGCUGCUUUAGCCACAUACAACUUUAGCUUACAAUACAAGCCUGGGAGUCACAACACGGAUGCUGAUGUAUUGUCACGCUACCCCUUUGAAUCAGCUAUCUCAACAGAAUGGAAGGAAAUUUCAAAGUCAGGAGUAAAAGCUAUUUGCCAGCUGGCAAGAAUUAAUGAAAGUGAUGAGUCAUCCUCCAGGCUAGUGGAUCAUCUAUGUGUCUCUCCUCACAGUAUCCCAGAAGCAUUUGUUUGUCCCACUUCAUUGAGUUUCAGUCCUAUGGAACAGUUGAGCCAUGAGGAGUUAAGUAAGGCUCAAGAUGAAGAUCCUGUAAUUGGUAUAGUGAAGCGAGAAUUGGAGUCUGGACAAGUACUUACUGAUACUAGGAGUUCAGAUGAUUCAAUUGCUCUGUUACGGCGGCAGGGACCCAAGUUGAAAAUUGAGAAUAAACUUCUGUACAGAGUCACCAACAGUUCCUGCAGAAAGGAAAAUAUACAGCUUGUCUUACCCUCAAGGUAUUGGUCCCAUGUACUGCGCUCCUUGCAUGAUGACUCUGGUCAUUUGGGGGUAGAGAGAACAACUGAACUACUGAGAGAUCGAUUCUAUUGGCCCCGAAUGUCUAGCUAUGUGGAGCAGUAUGUUAAGAAUUGUGGGCGAUGUGUAACAAGAAAAACAUUACCUAAGAAGGCUGCCCCACUGAACCACCUAACCAGCAAUGGGCCAUUUGACUUAGUAUGUAUUAACUUCUUAUCUAUUGAGCCUGACUCCAGAGGUCUAAGCAAUGUUCUGGUUGUAACCGACCACUUCACUCGCUACGCACAAGCAUUUGUAACCAAAGAUCAGAAAGCACUAACUGUGGCCAAAGUACUGUGCGACAAAUUUUUUGUUCACUAUGGCUUACCCACCCGAAUCCACUCAGAUCAGGGAAGAGACUUUGAGAGUGGUCUCAUAAAAGAAAUGCUUAACAUGCUUGGUAUAAGAAAAUCCAGAACGUCACCCUAUCAUCCACAAGGAGAUCCUCAGCCAGAAAGAUUCAACCGAACACUGCUGUCCAUGCUCGGUACUCUGAAUCCUACGGAGAAACACAGAUGGAGUCAGCACAUCAACCGAUUAGUGCACGCUUACAACUGUACUAAGAAUGAUGCAACUGGAUAUUCCCCGUACUAUCUUCUAUUUGGAAGAGAGGCUCGUCUGCCAGUGGAUGUGUGUUUUGGAACUUCACCUGAUGGAAAAGGAGCUGGUAGCCAUCGACAAUAUGUAGAAAGAAUGAAGUCAGAGUUACAACAAGCAUAUCAGUUGGCAACUGAAACUGCACAGAAAAGUCAAAAGAGAAACAAACGAUUGUAUGACAAGCAUAUAAAACAUCAGACACUGGCUGUAGGAGAUCGUGUGCUGACAAGAAAUCUGGGUAUGACUGGAAAGAACAAACUUGGUGACAAGUGGAAUUCUGUUCCUUACCUGAUAGUUGAAAAGCUGAAUAACUUACCUGUAUAUCGUUUAAAACCUGAAUCUGGAAUGGGAAGUGUGAGGACUCUUCACAGAGACCAUCUCUUACCUGUUGGGGAUGAUGUGAGAUUGUCUGAUUCAGGAAAAAUUCAAAAUACAGCUGCUCCAACAGAGAUCAGGACAGAAUCUGUGGGGAGAAAAUAUGGAAGAGGAUUAAAGGAAAUAAAUCAGAACAUGACAGGAAGUGGAUUGAGAAAUGACUCAGACAGUGAAGAGGAUGACUUGUGGUAUUACUAACCGAAUAGGGUCGAUGAAACUCAAAAGUAUGUAACACAGGAGGAAUCUUCAAUAAAUGAGGGAGCAGUUUACAAUCAGGAUGAAUUGGAAAGACCCGCUGCAGAGAUGGAUGACACAUCAGUCACUGACCAGGGCCACGAAGCAGUAUUGGAGCAGACUCCUGAGGAAAUUGAAGAUGCUGCUCUAGAAGGGGGAGAUCCUGGAACAGCCAAUACUACUAGAGAGGUAGUAGAGCAUGUUCAUGUGCGACCUAAGAGAAACACAAGACCUAUAGACCGAUUGAGCUAUGAUUGUCUGGGGAGACCCACUAACAAGUCUUUAACCUUAGUUCACAGAGGAAUGGUUGUAAAAGUACAAGGUGGGGAUAGUUCACCAAAGUUUUGUAAUACAGUGUGGUGCCACCCUAUGGCACGGUGUACUCAUUGUGUUCAAGUAAGCAAUUGUGCUGAGCCUGAGAUCACUAUUGAAGUUUAAUGAGGUAAUCUCAUGAGGACAUGAGAUGUUUAGAAGGGGGAGCAUGUAACCCAGUAGAAUGAAGUUCUACAAGUUAAGUUUUAAAGUAAUCUUAAGGUUAUUUAUUUAUUUAUUCAUAUUGGUUCUAGAACAGAAUUAAAUCUAAAAUGUGUUUUGCAUUCAUUUGUGUAUAUACAUCCUAAUGUUGAUGUGUAAUAUAUGAGCGUCUAUCUCUGAGAAUAUGAUAAGAUAGCAAGUUUGAUCAACCUUCACUGAAAUACAUGGGGUUAACAAGUUUGGUAGGUGUUCCUACAUGAUUGGUUUAUAUGCGUGUAGUCCCGCCCUCUGGGGUGGAGUGUGAAAUGUGAUUGGCUGUUGGGAAGAGGGAGCGUAGAGAGGAGACACAGCCGGCAGUUUUUGGAAACUGAAGGGGAGACUCGCGUCGCGGCUGUUAUGAUUGCGUAACAUUCACGAAGUAUAAAAACAAGAGAUAGUAAUUUAUAUUGCGUGUGAACAACACGUUUUUGAUUACUUUGAGUUUGUUUUGUGUUUGUUUUAAGUUCGCGGUGUGUUUUCAUCAUAUACGUUUCCAGUGUCGGUUAUUAGUCAGUUCAGAGUGAGUGAGCAUUUUUUAAAUGCCUAGAUUGUCAACUGACAGUUACGGAGGACUAAAGCUGAACUGAGAGAGAGACGGUUAAACCGAAAAUAAGGAGGAGAAAAAAGAGACUGUUAGAUUAGUAUGAAACAAGGAUGAAAGAGUCAAAGAGGAGCAAAUAGCACCUCAAAUAGCCUGAAUACUACGUGAGAUUUGCCUCUCAUCAGCUGGGGAGAAAAAGUGAAAGUGAGGAUUUGAAAGACCCGCGGCAGAAGUUCGCCGAUCGAUCGCGGCUCGUUGGCCCGUUGUUCACAAGUGUUGUCAGUUUGGAGAACUGUCAUAUAUUGCUGUCAUCUGGAUCGCUGUCAUUUGGAUUGCUGUCAUCUGGAUCGCUGUCAACUGGUUUGCUGUCAUCUGGAUCAAGGUCAUCUUCAUCUGAGGUAUCUUGUUUAAUUUUAUUUGUGCUCAGGAGAGUGAAGAGGCCAUUUUCAUUUUCCCGGCCACAACGUACACUAGCAGCGAUACAGGCCUGCAACGGGGGUGUAUGAAUGUGUGAGUGUGUGGGCCCACAGAGUAUUGAGUUGUUUAUGGAGAUGCAGUGAGCAUAAAAUACUGCUGCGUGUUUUACAGUAUAGAUUUAUACUAAUAGUUUAUAUAGGUUUAAUUCAGUGUGUAAUUUAGUGACACAAUUGUAGCCACUUUCAAAGAGAAACAUAUUCAGUCACUCUUAGUCACUUGUUGAUUUAUAAGUUUAAUUGUUAGAGUGUAGAAAGGUGGUAUUUUUCUAUAUUGGUUUAAUUAAUAUUCUUCAUUGUACUGUAAAUUGCUGGGUUUGACUUUGGGUCAUUUUAUUGUCUUUUAGCUGUGCAUAAAUUCUAUAUUUUGUAUUUUGUUUUACAUCUGGGGUUUUUCCCAAUUUUUACAUUUCUAUUCUAAUUAAAUUAUUUAUAUUUUCUGAUUUA